AAAGCUGAAGCACCCAUUUACUUUCACCAGCUCCCUGUGACUAGCGAGGGAAAUUAGCUGGAGUGUUGUGAUGGCUGUUUCCUGCUUGAGAACAUAAAAAAUGGAAUCAUUCCUGACAAACAAGGAGUUCAGCUAAAGAUGAGGUGGAGGUAGGCGGGAAGUUCUGUAAUUGCUUUUUAUUUAAAUCUUUAUGAAUUAGCUCUGCCAGGGUGUUGGUUUUUAUUUUAGAUUUUUAUUUUUUGCUUCAGCUGGCUUCUGAGUAAGUUUUUCAGCUGCAAAUACAGUAAAAACAGACUAUAUACAGCUAUAGCCAAUAUGUUGAAUUUAACAUAUAGCAAGAAGCCUUUCCCUUGUGAAUCUCUGAGGUCUAAUUUCCAUGAAAAACGACAAAGGUUUAAUUUUCUGCCAUUAUGCACAGGUUAGCCUAGACUGGGUAUUAAUAGAGACACGUACUCACACCCACAGCCACAGGUACAGCAUCAAUCAAAACCUGAAGGUAGAACUUACACUCCAUGGCAACUUUCAGGGCACUGUUCUCUCCCCUCGUUUUCUGUUUCCAAACUGCUCCAGCAGUGCAGGGAGGGAAGGGAACUGGGUUGGUUGCAACCCAGUAUUUAAAGGGUUUGGGACCAAAUCCCGCCCCCCAGCUGGAGCAGAAAUGGGGACCACAGGAGAGGGCAGACACUCACCUGGCUGUCACAGCCGUGCAAUGCACCAACCACCAGUAGCAAAUCUGUUGCCUUAGCAAAUAUUGCCCUGCCUUGGUAACCUUCUGGCCCUGAAGCCCUUCCAGCCACAGGUCUCUCGACACUCAGAAAUAAUUUGGGAGGUUAUUUACAGACACGUUCACCCAUCCAUCCGAGCACACAAGCUGGCCCCGAGUGAAGAGGGCAGAACAACUCUGCAAAACCUCACCAGCCAAAGAACAACAAACAAGCCCACGAGCCCAAAGAAGCUGCAAAUCAAACAAAAACGGCUUCGGCUUUAGGCAGAAGUGGUGUUCCUAAUGCCAGUGGUGCUCUCAGGUGUGUAUUCCAGGGAAAUGUGACCACUUCCUGGGAGCCUGUUGACAAUGUAGAAAAAAACCCUCCAACUUUAAGGAUCUGAUUAAUAUGCCAAGGAUUUUUAAAGGGUGGCCCUUUUAAAUGAAAACGUAGGUGGUAUCUCCAAAAAGGUAAAAGAGAAAAGCAGCAGUGUUUAUAUACUACCAUGUAUACGCAGAAUUUGAGAGAGGGACAAAGUUGUUAGCAAUUCCCAUCAGGUCCCAGAAUUUAUGUAAAUCCAGAUGGCUGAACGACACGAGUUCUUUUUUUUUUUUUUUUUUUUUUUUUGCUUAAAGGGAAAUCUGGAAGUUUUAAAAACAAUUUAGCAAGAGCCAAUUAAUCAAACCCAACAGCAGCGUGCUGGGAUGGCUGCCGAAAUAAGGAAUGUCAUGUUUCAGCUUGCCUUAGGCAAGGAUGGGAAGAAACUCCUUGGAAGCUUAGCAGGAAAUCUCCUUUCCAUUACCCCAGGUUGCUCCAAGCCCCAUCCGACCUGGCCUUGGACACUUACAAGGAUGGGGCAGCCACAGCUUCUCUGGGAAACAGAAAUAGUGCAAUAACACUUCGCCAGUGGGAUGUUCCCCUCAGAUUGUCCCUCCUUGCACCCAGCACUGCCAACAUUUUCCUUCCACUCGUCUGGGAUGCUUGGGAGCAGGACUUGGGGAGUUUUGGGCACUGCGUGAACCAACAGAACAUGAAUGAAACGAGAUGCAUCAGUUCAACGGGGCAAUUCCACAUACAACUAAAAAAUAAUUCAAUGUUGAAUGGUCGCUGUGAAAACGGGGAGAGAGGGAAGCAUGCUGGACAACUCCUUUUUAUUUUUAUUUAUUUCCUUUCGGUAAUUCAGGCGAAUAUGUUGAACCAUGCCGUGCCCUUUCUGUCGUCUACCCCUCGCUUCAGCUGUUAGCUGUUACAGACGAUACCUGACGGAUAACACAAAACGGCCCAUGAGGGACCGGGAUCGCGGCUGCGGAAGACCGGGAGGUUAAAAUCCACCGAAGUUCCACCUUUUCUCGCAAUACGGUCUAUACGGUGCGGAUCGCAGUCGCUGUGGCCUCGGAGUGGGGGGUCAGGAACCCGGUCCUGCGAUCCCCAUCCCGGCGGGGCCGCGGGCUCGGCGCCAACAUGGCGGCCUCCGCCCCGCCCCCCGGUCGCCAUGGGGACGGGCCGCGCGCCACGGGGCGUGGCCGGGGCGCGAGGGGCGGGGCCCGCUUAGGUCCCCUUCCCCCCGCGAGGCUAUAAAUAACCCACGCCCGCUGAUUGGCCACAGAGAAAAAAUGGUUGCACCACGUGACUCCCCCAUCUAAAAAAAUUUCCAAGAUGGCGGAACCCGUCACGGGCUGAGUCCGUCGGUGGCGCGCUCCGCGCCGGGGGAGCCAUCACCGCGCAGCGUCCCCACCUCGCCCGACGCUCAGGUUCCCAUUUUAAAAGCCAUUGGAAGACACUCUGCCACCCUCUUGGAUUACUUCCCAUACGACUCAGCAUGUCACUGUGCCCUGGAUUUUACAAGGUGGCCAUGAUUUAAUCCCCACUUCCCACUCCUAUGUAUUGGUGAAGCACUGGAGCUCUUCUGAGCUGCUGUUACUCCCGUGGGAACUGAUCUGUCUCGAAUCCCUUCUCCCAAGGACUAGACAUUGCCAGCAAUGAGCUCCCAAAGCCAUCCAGAUGGGCUUUCUGGCAGAGACCAGCCAGUGGAGCUGCUGAAUCCACCUCGAGUGAACCACAUGCCCAGCUCUGUUGACGUGAGCACAGCCCUGCCCUUGCAAGUGGCGCCGAGCUCGGUGCCCAUGGACCUGCGGCUGGACCACCAGUUCUCCAUGCCAGUGACGGAGCCCACGCUGCGGGAGCAGCAGCUGCAGCAGGAGCUGCUGGCCCUCAAGCAGAAGCAGCAGAUCCAGAGGCAGAUCCUGAUCGCAGAGUUCCAGCGGCAGCACGAGCAGCUCUCCCGGCAGCACGAGGCACAGCUGCACGAGCACAUCAAGCAGCAGGAGAUGCUGGCCAUGAAGCAUCAACAGGAGCUGUUGGAGCACCAGAGGAAGUUGGAGCAGCACCGACAGGAGCAGGAGCUGGAGAAGCAGCACCGAGAGCAGAAACUGCAGCAGCUGAAAAACAAAGAGAAAGGGAAAGAGAGUGCAGUGGCAAGCACAGAAGUGAAGAUGAAAUUGCAGGAAUUUGUGUUAAACAAGAAGAAAGCUUUGGCCCACCGGAAUCUCAACCACUGCAUAUCCAGCGACCCUCGCUUCUGGUAUGGGAAGACCCAGCACAGCUCUCUGGACCAGAGCUCCCCACCCCAAAGCGGCGUCUCCGGUACCUACAACCACCCAGUCCUGGGGAUGUACGAUUCCAAAGACGACUUCCCUCUCAGAAAAACAGCCUCUGAACCCAACCUGAAGCUGCGGUCCAGACUAAAGCAGAAGGUGGCUGAGAGGAGGAGCAGCCCCCUCCUGCGCAGGAAGGACGGGCCCGUGGUGACCGCGCUCAAGAAGCGCCCACUGGACGUCACAGGCACAGCGGACUCUGCAUGCAACAGUGCUCCUGGAUCUGGUCCCAGCUCUCCAAACAACAGCUCCAACAACAUCAGCACUGAGAAUGGAAUUGCAGGAUCAGUCACGAGUAUCCAAGCAGAGACCAGCCUGGCUCACAGGCUCGUGAACCGCGAGGGCUCCGUGACGCAGCUCCCGCUCUACACCUCGCCCUCCCUGCCCAACAUCACGCUAGGACUGCCUGCCACCGGCCCUUCCAGCGCGGGACAAGCGCAGCAGGACGCGGAGAGGCUCGCAAUCCCAGCCUUACAGCAGCGGAUCUCCUUAUUCCCUGGCACUCACCUCACUCCCUACCUGAGCACUACAACGUUGGAGAGGGAUGGGGGAACUGCACACAACCCUCUCCUGCAGCACAUGGUCCUACUGGAACAGCCAACUGCACAAACGCCCCUGGUCACAGACUGGUAUCUUUCAGGACUGCCCCUGCAUGCACAGCCCCUGGUGGGUGGAGAGAGGGUCUCCCCUUCGAUCCACAAGCUGCGGCAGCACCGCCCGCUCGGGCGCACCCAGUCUGCUCCCCUGCCCCAGAACGCCCAGGCCCUCCAGCAGCUGGUGAUCCAGCAGCAGCACCAGCAGUUCCUGGAGAAACACAAACAGCAAUUCCAGCAGCAGCAGCUGCACAUCAACAAGAUCAUCUCCAAACCCACCGAGCCAGCGCGGCAGCACGAGAGCCACCCCGAGGAGACGGAGGAGGAGCUGCGGGAGCACCAGGCCCUGCUGGAGGAGCCCUAUGGCGACAGGGCCGCGGGCCAGAAGGAGCCCCCGGGGCUGGCCAGCGUGGUGCAGGUCAAGCAGGAGCCCAUCGAGAGCGACGAGGAGGAGGCAGAGCCGCAGCAGGAGCUGGAGGCCGGGCAGAGGCAGGCGGAGCAGGAGCUGCUCUUCCGCCAGCAAGCCCUGCUCCUGGAGCAGCAGCGGAUUCACCAGCUGAGGAACUACCAGGCGUCGCUGGAGGCGGCUGGCAUGCCCGUGUCCUUCGGGGGACACCGGCCCCUGUCCCGGGCACAGUCCUCCCCUGCCUCGGCCACCUUCCCCAUGUCCGUGCAGGAGCCACCCACUAAGCCAAGGUUCACAACAGGCCUUGUGUACGACACGUUGAUGCUGAAGCACCAGUGCACCUGUGGAAACACCAACAGCCACCCCGAGCAUGCGGGCAGGAUCCAGAGCAUCUGGUCCAGGCUCCAGGAGACGGGGCUGCGGGGCAAGUGUGAGUGCAUCCGUGGCAGAAAGGCAACGCUGGAGGAGCUGCAGACAGUUCACUCGGAAGCCCACACGCUGCUCUAUGGCACAAACCCUCUGAACAGGCAGAAACUGGACAGCAAGAAGCUUCUAGGUUCCUUAACGUCGAUGUUUGUCAGGCUGCCUUGCGGUGGUGUCGGGGUCGACAGUGACACCAUUUGGAACGAGGUGCACUCGUCUGGCGCUGCUCGCCUGGCCGUGGGCUGUGUCAUCGAGCUGGUGUUCAAAGUGGCCACAGGAGAGCUGAAGAAUGGAUUUGCUGUUGUUCGGCCCCCAGGUCACCAUGCGGAGGAGAGCACACCCAUGGGUUUCUGCUAUUUUAACUCUGUGGCAAUCGCAGCCAAGCUGCUCCAGCAAAGGCUCAACGUGAGCAAAAUCCUCAUUGUGGACUGGGAUGUCCACCACGGGAAUGGUACUCAGCAGGCCUUCUACAACGAUCCCAACGUCCUUUAUAUCUCACUACAUCGCUACGAUGAUGGCAACUUCUUUCCAGGCAGCGGCGCUCCGGACGAGGUUGGCACAGGAGCAGGAGUUGGUUUCAAUGUUAACAUGGCAUUUACUGGUGGCCUGGAUCCGCCCAUGGGAGACACAGAAUAUUUAACUGCCUUCAGGACAGUAGUGAUGCCCAUUGCCAACGAGUUUGCCCCAGACGUUGUGCUGGUGUCAUCUGGUUUUGAUGCUGUGGAAGGGCACCCCACACCCCUCGGAGGAUAUAAUCUGUCAGCAAAAUGCUUUGGGUACCUGACGAAGCAGCUGAUGGGCCUGGCCGGGGGCCGCGUCGUGCUGGCCCUCGAGGGUGGCCACGACCUCACGGCCAUCUGCGACGCCUCGGAGGCCUGUGUGUCUGCCCUGCUGGGAAACGAGCUUGACCCUCUUCCAGAGAAGGUUUUCCAGCAGAGAGCUAAUGCUAAUGCGGUGCAUUCCAUGGAGAAAGUCAUCGAGAUCCACAGCAAGUACUGGCAUUCCCUCCAGCGUUUCGCCUCCACGGUGGGAUAUUCCCUGGUGGAGGCCCAGAAGUGUGAGAACGAGGAGGCGGAGACGGUGACGGCCAUGGCAUCACUGUCGGUGGGCGUGAAGCCGGCGGAGAAGAGACCUGAGGACGAACCCAUGGAAGAGGAGCCUCCCCUGUAGCACACACCUUCGAGCUGGAGUUCUCCUGUCUGUUUGUCUUCGUCUUGAAGCUCUGCCAAGAAGCUUUCUCUUGUUACUCCUGCGUCCUGUCACGGUUAUUUCCUGAACACGGAAGGACAGCCAGGUGUAAAGCAAAGCAAGCGACACAAAAAACCAAAUCUCUCCACAUCUUUGAGUCUCUUUUUGCUGAAAAAAAAUGCUGGUGAAGAGCAGCAAAGGACUGACACAUUGGGCACUCUUCCUCUGGUCCUCACCGGGAGCGGAAAGAGGAACGACGCCUGGGAAGUCUUUGGCAGAGUUGCCAAACAAAAGAACAAAAACAAAACACAAGAAUAAUAAAGAAAUCAAAGAUUCAACAACACAAAUCAAACAAACCUUAACAUAAAACUGGUGCUUACAAAGUUGAUUACCCACAACUGAGCAAUCUCUGCUUGAACCACUCAACCCAUCGUGUACUUUCAUUUCUUGGAUAUUUGGAAAUAGCUCUUGCCUGCCUGUGAGUCAACGACAGCUCUUGUCGGAACAGGAACGUUGGGAGAUGAUGCUGUAUUUUUAACGGGGAGGGACAGGGAAUGAGGGACUCAUCUGACACCUAAAGGAAAGGGAAGCAGAAGUGGGGAAUGGUAGCCAAGAUGGAGUCGGCUUUAUUGUCUCCAAAGCCAUCUGAAGAUGAGUUUGUGCCUUUUUUUUUAAUUGAUGGAUUUGGUGCAGCUGGAUUUUCUGAAGUUUGAGGAACAAUGCCUUAAGUAAAAAUUAAUUAAAAAAAAAAAA